GAGCAGCUGAUCUUUGGGAUCCUUUCCUUUGCUAUCAGCAGCUGUUGGAGCGGGGGGCAGUGGGCAUGUAGUUUGUAGAGUUAGAGUAAAAAAGAAACGCCGUUUCCAGCAGCCAGGAUGCCAAGAGGCGCAAUUCCCCAACGAGGGAUGGCUGGUGACAGGGCUGAUUUACGCGACAGCUAUUCCCCCCUGGUGGGACUCGUCUACAUCUUCAACCUCAUAGUAGGCACUGGAGCGCUGACGAUGCCUGCCGCCUUCAAGGAUGCGGGAUGGGCCCUCAGUUUAGCCAUCGUUAUACUGCUGGCUCUCAUGAGCUACCUGACAACAACCUUUGUGAUAGAAGCUAUGGCAUCCACAAAUGCCUUGGUUCAUGGCAAGACUUUAAAACAUUACAAGAGGGUGGUGGGAGAGGAAGAAGGACAUAUAGCUGAAGGAAGGAAAGAGUAUAUGGCAAAUGAAUUACGGACGGACGAGAUCAUCGCAAGAUCAGUCGACUUAGACGAGCGGGUCCCUCUGCUCAUUAGCAACGCUGCUGAGAGUAUGGAAGAAUCCUCGCACGUAGAUUAUUUUGCAAUUAAAGAAAGAUUUGAACUGGGGAAGAUGGCAUCUUUAUACUUCAACAAGUUGGGGAUAAAUCUGUUCUACAUCUGCAUUGCGAUCUACCUCUAUGGCGAUUUGGCCAUUUAUGCCGCAGCCGUGUCCAAGUCGUUGAGAGACGUCACUUGCACUGCAAGGACAACCGUUCCCAAUGUCACCAACGGAAGCGCCAAGGAUAUGGGAGAUCUCCAGUGCUGGUCAGGAGCGGAAGUUUCUAGGACUGAUGCCUACAGAAUAUAUGUGCUGGCUUUCCUGUGCCUGCUGGGACCAUUCACAUUCUUCAACAUGCAAAAGACAAAGUACCUGCAACUGUUUACAACCCUCAUGCGAUGGAUAGCAUUUUCCUCCAUGAUAAUUCUGUGCACCAUCGCCCUGUCUGGAGGAAAGGGACGUGGCCAACCACCAGUGGCUGACCCAACCGGGCUUCCCAACCUGUUUGGGGUGUGUGUGUAUGCAUUCAUGUGCCACCAUUCCCUUCCCUCUUUGGUGACCCCCAUGAAGAGCAAGCGUCACCUCUUUGCAUUGGUGGGAGCCGACUACCUCCUCAUUCUGGGCUUCUACACCUUACUAGCAUUCACUGGAAUCUUCACAUUCCCACGGUUGCACGACAUGUAUACACUCAAUUUCCAGCCAACGGACGACCCGCUGGGCUCCAUUGUGCCUGCAAUACCCUUCCUGCAGUACUUCCUUUCCCUCUUUCCCGUCUUCACCCUGAGCACGAGCUUUCCUAUCAUCGCCAUCACGCUCCGCAACAACCUCAAGGCCCUCUUCCUCCGAGAAGAACGAUCAUCAUCAUCAUCUCCCACAUCAUCGGUUGCCAGCAGCACCACUGCUGCACCUUCAACGCUGUAUAAAAUCCUGGAACGUUUUCUACUACCUCUGUUGGCCAUUUUGCCUCCAAUCAUCGUCGCGUUUGCGACGGAGAACGUCGAGUUCCUCGUCGGAAUCACAGGGUCCUACGCCGGAGCGGUUAUCCAGUACAUCGUGCCCGUCGCUUUGGUUUACUGUGCGCGGAACCAGGUGUUCGAAACGCUGGGGCUGGGCGUGCGGAAUCAGCACGCGUCAGUGUUCCGCCACAGUGCAUGGUUGGUGUUUGUUCUGCUGUGGGCAGUGACGUGCGUUACGUUUGUGACAGUUAACCAUUUCCUAUCAAAGUUCUAGUAGGGACAUGUCUUAAAAAUGAACUGUUGGGUGUUUUAUUUUUUAUUUUUUCGUGGUAAGGAUGGCAGACAAUGUAAGGUUGCUACGUCUGAAGCGACGUCGACGCGGCAGUUUUUAAUUGGCGUUGGUUUUUGUUGUACGUCGGCUGACUCGUGUACCACAAUCUCUGUUGCUUGGAAAGGGAUGAGCUUGUACAGUCCAUUCUGCAAGUGCCAUUAGGCAGUUUUAGCAGACUGUUGGUAAGGUUCUCGUGCCUAUCGGAGCCAAUCGCAGCCAUGCGUGACUCAGAAUUUUAUCCGCCGAUUGGUUCCGGUUGAUACGGUUCGACGCAAGCAACGUUAUCAACGGUUUCCUAAAACUCUCUAAUAUUGCGAACACCUAAGUGGCCACUCUACGUGCCCCUGUGCUUGCUCCUCUUUUAUUAUUGUGUACUGGAGGAAGAGAAGUUUUGCCAUGCAGAACAACCUUGAUGGCCUCCAGAGACAUGCAACAGAAGGAAGUGAGCCAUUGGGUCAGUUCCAUCACCCAGGAGUAGGGAAGGGACUAUGACUACUGGAUUUGUUCUUAGGAUAUAAUGCCUUUCUUAUACUUCCUGAAUUUGGACCAACUUAAUGGCAUGCUUCCCUCAGUUCUUCAGGCAGUAGUGAUUGGGAGUGACGUGUAUUGGGGCGAAAGUGCUUUCGUGUAUAGAAUUACAAAAGAGUGUAUGCCCCCUGAAGUAACUUAAAGUAAGACCAACUAGUCAUUGCCCACUACUCUAUGAAAUACCAGACAGUACGAUUUUUAUUUUGCGUCUCUGUUAAAGCGAGGAUGAUGGUGAACUGCAAUGAAAUGUUACGUUUUCCCAUUUUCUUAUUUCGAUGUAGAAGGUAUAUUUGUUUGCUCCAAAUGGAUUUGCCCUUUCCUCUCCACUUUUAGCACGUUAAUUUAUAAUGUUGCGAUAGGUCAGGAAACGGCUUGUCCAGCAGGGGAUGUCCGGAACGAUGUAUGUCGUUUCAUGGUCGCAGACAGAGAAUGAAAUGCUCAGACAUUCUUCGAGUGUGCCUCACAUUCGCAUGUAGCGAGAAAGGCUACUAGAUAUUUAAUAUGAUGACACCAUUUCAGAAAAAGAAAAUCCUUUCCAUUGAGAUUCUGCAGUUCAGACCUGCUGCUAAAAAUUUACAGCAGUCGGUUGUAUAGAAUUUCUAUGUGCGUCGCAGUGUAGACCGGCGAGGUUGAAACCUGCUGUGAUGAACGUAAUGGAAUACUACCUUUGAACAUGACACUGCCCCCCUCGCCCCAUAUAUUAAGUGCCUUCCUUGGGAAGGCAGCUGCUGAAAGUGCCUCGUUGUUAAUCUUUUGGUGCUAGUGUAUGCGUUGUGUGUGUGUAUAUUGUUUCGAGAUGACAUGACAGCUGCACCUGUGGUAUCUUUUGUUGUUCUUAUGUAACGUUUUUACACUAACCUUCCACUCAGUGUAUCAAUGUUUAUGAUUGUUUUGUUCUGAUCUUUUAUAGACUUCACGCGGUUCUUCGGUUGCGUAAGGCAUGCUUUCAUAAUGGCCUUUUGUUUUAAAUUUCCAAAUGGGAUCGUAUUUUAUUGAUUUUUAGGAAAAAUGUAGUCUAGUGCAGCUGUAUGAAGAGUAAGAGAUAGGUGGGUACAAGUACAUUGUUUGUACCAGUGUGCACACAGUGUGCUUCAGGAUUGUAAACAAAUUUGUGGACAGUGAAAAUGCUUUGCGCAGUUUCGGAUAUCUUGUAUGCCAGCUGCUGGCAACACUGCCACACCACAUGCUGACGACUAAUUUGCAUAAAUAAUGCGCACACAAGAAGGACACAAAUGUCUACGCUCUGGAGUACUGAAGGUAGCUGAAGUUGCAACCGUGUACACUGACGGGUCUGUGGUUGUCAGAGUUCUUAUUGUAUAUUUUUGUACAUUUUGUACAUUUUUAAAGAUGUAAAGUAAUCCCAUUCAGAUGGAACUCUUCUGCACUGUUUCCUUUUUUAUUGGUAAUAGCGCCAAUUAUUUUGAACAGAUUUUCGCGUUGCUUGCCGCCCCACAUAUUGUUUUCUAGUCUGUAAAAGAAAAGUGGAGGAUGAACGAGUUUGUGGCGCAACUACAGCAAGGACGAAGAUGUAGUGACAACUGCCCACUGUUCCAUCAUCCUUGUUGUAGUUCUGCCAUAAAUUCGUUAGACAUCAGCCAUGCAGCUCUCCGAGGAAUAAGCCUCGGGUUAGGAGCCUACUCGAGGCUCGUAUAUCUACGUUGUCAUAGAAUCCCUGUAUCUCAGAUUUUCUAGCAAUCUGUCUUUACUGCAAUGUGUGUCUUGUGUGCUAUCUAAGGUUCACCUUUUUUAAUAGCACGAAACCCUGUCAUUAUCACUGUAAGAAAACUGUAUAAAUAUUACAUUUUGUAUGUUUAUUAGAUAAGAGUUUGUGAAGAUAUAGCACAUUGAAAACUACCGAUACUUGAGUGCUGUUGCACAAGGGCCUGACAUUCUCAGGAGCACAUUUUAUACUAAUGGAGCACCUGAAGAUUAAAGGUAAAUGGGAAGUAUUCUAAUCUCGCUUUUUACGUACUUUGCAAAACUGAAUGGUGAAAAAUAUAUCGUUAUUUGUGCAGUAGACUGUCACUGUCAUCUCAAACAGUGUAGAAGUUUGGAGUGUGUGUCUAUUGUGACGUAAUCCCCGUGAUAUUUUUAUUACAGGCAAAUAGUUAUGUAUUUUUAUAAUAAAUGUUGCACUGGCACCAAACAUGA